AUGGAAGUUGCGAAAUGUCUUGGAAUUCCUGCGCAUAAAGUCAUUGUCAAAGUAAAGCGAAUUGGUGGAGGAUUUGGUGGUAAAGAAAGCACAGCCGCGCUGUUUGGAGUGCCAGCUGCUAUCGCAGCGAUGAAACUGAGAAAGCCAGUACGUAUAACGAUGGAACGAUAUGAUGACAUGGCUAUAAGUGGAACACGGCAUCCGUUCAGAUUCAACUAUAAGGUCGCUCUAGAUUCUUCUGGAAAAUUCAGAGACUAUAAUGUGACUGCUUACGCCAACUGUGGUUUUUCCUACGAUUUAUCUAUGGGAGUUACACAGCGAGCAAUGGUGCAUAUCGAUAAUGUAUACAAAUUUCCUAAUGCAGAUAUUUGUGGGAAAAUGUGCAAGACAAAUUUGGCAUCAAACACUGCUUUCAGAGGUUUUGGUGGUCCACAAGGAAUGUUCUGCACAGAGACCAUAAUCAAACAUAUUUCCGAGAAGCUAAAUAUGGAUCCGGACAAGAUCCGUGAGAUGAACUUUUACAAAGAAGGCGAAUGCACACCUUUUGGAAUGCAUCUGCGGCAAAACAACAUUGCCCGAACUUGGUACGAAUGCAAAGAAAGCAGUAAUUAUGAGAGGAGAAAAGAGCUGGUUCGAGAAUUUAACAGGUCAGCUGUGAACUCCAAUAAAUGA